UGGGAGUGUGACAAUAGCAAGUUCCAAAGUGGUCACCAAGGAGCCUGUAUGCCGCCGCGAAGACAAAAACUAUGCAUAAAGAAAUUAACAAAACUUAAUGGCAAUGACACAACUAAAUUGCGUGAAACCUUGAUCAAAUGUGCUGCAGUAGAAACAUUUUUUGCGUGGCAGUAUUAUAAAAAAACGAGUGGCCAAAGUGGUAAUGUAGAGACACAACUACAAAGUGGUACUAUCCCUGAAGAUUUUAAACGUCAAAUGUUCUAUACAUUAGGAGAUUUUAGAGAUUUAAUUUUGGAUACAGAUAUAUCUGCAAAAAGGAAAAACCCAAAUGGAAAAACUGAUGUGGGUAAAGCAGUAGAGAAUAUAAAAAAAAUUCUUGAUAAAAAAGAUGGCCAAGCUGGUGGUACCCAAACCACACCUCA